AUGAAGUGGCACCUCUUCAUUCUAACUACUUCUGUCCUGGCUUCGGCCCUGCAGACCCUUCCACCGGUGCAGUUUGCUCGGCAUUCUCACUUAGAAGAAUUUUCUCUUGCAUCCACGGACCGUGUGAUCUAUCUCGAGGAGGACUUCUCGGAAUGGAAGGACCAAGAUGGCCUGACACUGAUUCCGCCUUCGACAUCUCAGUUUGCUGGAACAUUUCGUGACGAUCUCCAGCAACUCACCAAUAGUAGCUGGAACAUUCGAACCGUGAAGGAACUUCCAGAGCACGCAUCGGGAAUAUUCCUCGGUCGCUUGAAACCCCAGAAUUACUUCACCUAUGAGGAUGGCACGGCAACGGAAGAAGGAUACGAAGUCGUCGUCGGGAUGGACCGUGUUUCCAUCCUUGGUUCGGGAGCGCGAGGAAUGUGGUGGGGCACUCGAACUAUCCUACAACAGCUCGUUCUAAAUUCACAUUCGAUCCCGGCUGGUCGCGUGGAAGAUGCGCCAGCGUACGCUACGCGAGGCUUCAUGCUGGAUGCCGGUCGGAAAUGGUAUACCCUGGACUACCUUAAGGACCUUUGCACCUACGCCUCCUUCUUCAAACUCUCCGAAUUCCACUACCAUGCAACGGACAACUACCCUCUCUCCCGAGGGCCUAAUGUAACUUGGGACCAAGUGUACUCGCAAUUUGCUCUGCGGCCUGAGAAUCCGGAGCUGAUGCCACUUGUCCAGCGAUUAAAUGAAACACUGUCCCGCUCCGAAUUUGACGACUUCCAAAACCAUUGUGCCCAACGAGGAGUCACGGUGAUACCGGAAAUUGAAGCCCCAGGACAUUGCUUAUCAGUGACUAAGUGGAAGCCGGAAUUGGCUCUGGACCAACAGGAUUUACUCAACCUGUCCCACCCGGAAACCAUUCCUCUGGUCAAGUCUAUCUGGACGGAGUUUCUCCCUUGGUUCUGCACCAAGGAGAUUCACAUUGGCGCUGAUGAAUACGAUUCUACUUUGGCUGAUGACUACAUUAGCUUCGUGAAUGAGAUGUCUCAAUUCAUCCACCAAACCCACCAGAAGAGAAUUCGCAUCUGGGGCACAUACGAGCCAUCCGAAACACAGUCAAUCCACAAAAACAUCACUAUUCAGCAUUGGCAAUACGGACAAUCAGAUCCCAUGAUGCUGGCUCAAAAUGGAUACCAGAUCAUCAAUUCCGAGGACUGGUGGGCUUAUCUUUCGCUGAAAAAUGACCAUGUGCCCAUUACACCGGCGCCUUAUCCUCAGUUCUUCAACACCGCACGCGUUUUGAAUUUUGCCGACGUCGAAGGAUGGCAGUGGACUCCACAGCUCUUCAAUCCAGUUAACAAAACGGAACAACCCGAUUCAAACGCGGUUCGGGGUGCCAUUAUGGCAGCCUGGAAUGACAAUGGGCCAGAUGCGACUACACAACUCGAAGCUUAUUAUGCCAUUCGCAAUGGGAUUCCGGUCGUUGGAUCUCGCGCAUGGUCGGGAAAUGUGGGACCUAGACUCAUUGCGCUAACCUUGGACGAGUCGAUCGAGCGACUGACUAGGCACGCGAUUGGGCAAAACUUGGACCGAAAGCUCUCACACGUUUCUGAUCAUCUUCCGGGUCCGCUUUUCUCAUGGACAAAACCUCAUUCGGACCCCUCCCAGCAGGGUCAUCAGAUUGGACUGGGCAGUAAGGGAAUGAACUAUACCAUGCGGCUGGAUACGAACGGCAUCUUUACUAUUGAAUCAAAAGACGCAACCCUUGCGUUGUCAGAAGAUGGCCAGUUAACUUUUUUGCCGAUGGUUGGCCAUACCCACUUCGCUCGGUCGCGGAAACUGAUGGAUUCGAUCCUGCUGAGCCUGGAAGAAUUUGGGCCAACACGACUAGCUCGACUCAUAAAAUUGUCAACAUCCCUAUGA